AGAGAGAGAGAGAUUCAGAUAUAUACAUACAGAAAGUUUGAGAGAGAGAGGGAGGGAGGGGGCAAAGGUGCAGCAUUUGGUCUCUGCAAUCCUCAGCAAACUCUCCUUUAUUAAAGUGUCUCCGGUCUUCAUCUUGUCCCCCAUCCAUCUUUUCCGGCAGCUUUGUUUUUUUUUUAAUUUUUUUUCCUUCCCGUUAGUUGGUUUUUUUUUGUUUCCGGUGUGUUUCACCGGCAAUCACCGACGAUGAACUAAUUUUAGGUGUUUUCUCCGACUAAUCGUUUACGCAGCUGCCUGUGUAGUCAAACAUCUGUUUGAUCUGAUUAAUAGCGAACGAAAGCAAUUAAGGAUGAAUCUCUGGCGGUAAGACCUUGGUCAUUUGUUUAUGAGACUACGUCCGCCGGUGAUUUGAAUCUGAGCUAACAAUGAAGAUGCCGGCGAACAGUUCCGGAUCCACUUUAACAACGGCGAAUCAUGGCGAAGGUGGAGCCAAGAACCGCAUAAUAAAUCCGGAGCUAUGGCAAGCCUGUGCCGGACCUCUGGUCAACUUACCGGCGUCUGGGACCCACGUCGUCUAUUUCCCUCAAGGCCACAGUGAACAGGUUGCUGCAUCUAUGAAGAAGGAUGUGGACGCUCAAAUUCCAAACUAUCCCAAUCUUCAGUCAAAAUUGUUGUGCAUCCUUCAUGACGUCACAUUGCAUGCCGACACAGAAACAGAUGAAGUAUAUGCUCAGAUGACUCUCCAACCUGUUCCUUCGUUUGAUAAAGAAGCACUAUUGAGGUCGGACCUGUUGAUGAAAGCACACAAGCCACAAACAGAGUUUUUUUGCAAAACUCUGACAGCAAGUGAUACAAGCACCCAUGGAGGAUUUUCGGUUCCUCGUCGAGCAGCCGAAAAGAUCUUCCCUCCUCUUGAUUUUUCGAUGCAACCACCUGCACAAGAACUUGUGGCCAGGGAUUUACAUGACAAUGUAUGGACAUUUCGCCAUAUUUAUCGUGGUCAACCAAAACGUCACUUGCUCACGACUGGUUGGAGUCUCUUUGUUAGUGGAAAGAGGCUUUUUGCAGGAGACUCAGUCUUGUUUAUAAGGGACGAAAAGCAACAGCUUCUUUUGGGUAUUAGACGAGCAAACAGACAACCAGCCAAUUUAUCAUCAUCAGUUUUGUCGAGUGAUAGUAUGCAUAUUGGAAUCUUGGCGGCUGCUGCGCAUGCAGCUGCAAACAACAGUCCUUUCACUGUGUUUUAUAAUCCAAGGGCUAGUCCAUCAGAAUUUGUGAUUCCAUUAGCCAAGUACUACAAAGCAGUAUGCAGUAAUCAAAUAUCUCUUGGCAUGCGGUUCCGGAUGAUGUUCGAGACUGAAGAGUCGGGAACAAGAAGGUAUAUGGGUACGAUUACUGGGAUCAGUGAUCUUGAUGGUGUGAGAUGGAAGAACUCACAAUGGCGUAACCUACAGGUUGGCUGGGAUGAGGCAACUGCUGGGGAGAGGCGUAACCGAGUCUCGAUUUGGGACAUUGAACCUGUUACCUCUCCCUUUUUCAUCUGCCCGACACCACCCUUUUACCAAUCAAAACGUCCAAGACAACAAGGAAUGCUAGGUGAUGAAUCUGCGGAUAUUGACAACUUAGUCAAGAGAACAAUGCCGUGGCUUGGUGAAGAUAUGUCCAUGAAGGAUCCUGGCCUGAGUUUAGUCCAAUGGAUGAACAUGCAGCAAGGUUCAUCUCUGGCUAAUCAAAUCCAACCAAGCUACUUGAAUCCUUUGGCGGGAUCUGUCCUGCAAAACUACGGGGGACCAGAUCUUUCACGGCAGUUGGGCUUGUCAGCACCACAAAUGCUUACACAGAACAACCUACAGUUCAAUAAUCAACGGUCAACCUCACAGCUUGAUCAGCUACAAAAACUACCUCAACCUGCCACCACCACAAACCCAUUAGCAGUGAUGAUGCAGCCACAACAGUUGACAGACCUAACCCAGCAAACGGUUAGGCAAACUUUGAUCAAUCAAACACUGCCUCAGAACCAAAUUCAGUCACAGAUUCCAUCUCAAAAUGUUCUUCAGCAGCAGUCGAUGCAAAACCAUGAGUUCCAGAGAAACCUUCAGCUGCAACAGCAGCAGCAGAUGAUGGCGGUGAGUCAAAAUCAGCAGAAAAUCUCGUUGCCAUCUCAGUUUCCUGAUCAACAAAUUAGUCAAAAGUUACAGAUGCCGGAAAAUCAGAUUCAACUUCUACAGAAGCUUCAUCAUCAGCAACAAGCACUUUUAGCACAGCAAGGACAACAUCCUCAAGAUCAACAGAAACCAUUGAUAGAUGUACCUCAAAGCUUUGCAAGGUCAAUACCAACCAGCCAAAUGAUGGAAAUGCCAUCUCAAAUUCCAAUCACAUCACAACCACAACAAAUGCCAAGAAAGAAUAGCGAAGCAAAUUUUCGAUUUUCUCAUCUUUCUCAGCAACCAAAGCUACAACAUCAGCAGCCGGAGUUGUCAGGACAGAUGACAGGUGCAACCCCAAUGCCAAUCAAUCUGCUCUCAACAAAUGGCAGCAGUUUAUUGACAGGAACUGCAGGUGGAGGUCAAUCUGGGAUCAGUGAUGAUGUUCCAUCGUGUUCCACAUCACCCUCAACAAAUAACUGCCCAAACAUGGUUCCUUCGAUAGUCAAUGGUCGAUCCUACGGAAGUACAACUAUGGGUGGUGAAGAGAUAAUUCAGGCUUCUGCUCAUCUAAUGAAUACCACUGGAUUGGAAACGGUAUCAGCAAAUGGAAACUUUGUUAAAGAAUUGCAGCAAAAAGCUGAUGUGAAACCUUCGGUGAAUGUCUCAAAGAUUCACAACCAAGGAUUUUUAGCCCCACAGACAUACUUGCAUAAUCUUGCUGGAACCCAGAUGGAUUACUUGGACAGUUCUUCAUCAGCAACUUCAGUUUGCCUUUCCCAGAAUGAUGUUCAUUUGCAACCUCAGAACUCGAAUCAGCUGUCUUUCAACUCACAACCAUUGCCAUUUCGAGAUACAAUUCAAGAUGGGGAAGUUCAAGAUGAUCCUAGAGCAGAUAUUCCAUUUGGGGUGAACAUGGACAACCGCUUGGGAAUGUCAUCAGUGAUUCCUGACCCUUUGCUCACAAAAGGAAUGAUGGGAUCUGGUAAAGAUUUCCAAAAUAAUCACAGCUCAGGAGGCAUGAUUUCUAGUUAUGAAAACCCCAGCAAAGACACUCAACCGGAACUCUCUUCAUCCAUGGUCUCUCAGUCGUUUGGAGUUCCAGAUAUGACUUUCAACUCCAUUGAUUCCACCAUAAAUGACAGCAGCUUAUUGAACAGUGCCGUCUGGGCCCCACCACCGCAACAGUUUCAGCGAAUGCGGACAUAUACCAAGGUCUACAAGCGAGGAGCAGUUGGAAGAUCAAUAGAUAUUACUGCAUAUUCAGGAUAUGACGAGCUUAAACAAGACCUGGCUCGAAGGUUUGGUAUUGAGGGUCAACUGGAGGAUCGACAAAGAAUUGGCUGGAAACUUGUCUAUGUGGAUCAUGAGAGCGAUGUUCUCCUCGUUGGGGAUGACCCUUGGGAGGAGUUUGUAAACUGCGUUCGCUGCAUCAAGAUCUUGUCUCCUCAAGAAGUCCAGCAGAUGAGUUUGGAUGGAGAUUUUGGCGGCAACAGUGUUCUUCCAAAUCAAGCUUGCAGCAGUUCUGGUGGAGGAAAAGUGUAAGGAUUGUCUUUCCAACCUUUAACCUCUAGGAACUUCUUACUAUUAUUAUAGUCAGCCACGGAUCCUGUGUUCCUAGUUUCUUGAACCGGGAGUUUUUAGCCAUGAAUGGGACUCAGACCAUGUCCGAGAUUAAACUUAUCUUGUCUAGACACCUGCAGAAUUUCUGUUUACAGAAUAUCAUCCAUUUGUACAAAGAUUUGCUCUUAAAGACUUCUAAUGAGAGAAUUGCUUAUCGGUUUUGCUUUC